CCGGGGCCGGGCGGCUCCGCGGGCUGGGCGCGGGGACGCCGCGGGACGCCGGAGACUCGGACUUCCAGCCGGCGGCCGGGCCGGAGCGUGUCAGCGGCGGCAAGAGACGGACGAUUUUCCUCCUGGAUGCCUCUUCAAGCAUCUUGUGAUGGAAGGGAAAUAUUUUUGAAUUUAUAAUGGAUUUUACACAAUAUCGUAACACAAACUGGCCUAAUAGCAGCAUUUUGGUUUGAAGAGAAUAAGCGUAAUUACAAAUAAUCAUGACAACUUCUCAUAUGAAUGGACAUAUCACAGAAGAUUCUGACAAUGAAGCAAAAAAUGUGGAUCUUGUGUCUCUUGAGGAACCUCAGAAGCACAGAGAAAUGGCUGUUGACUGCCCUGGGGACCUGGGCUCCAGGAUGAUGCCCAUGCGGCGCAGUGCUCAACUAGAGCGAAUCCGUCAGCAACAGGAGGACAUAAGGCGCAGACGAGAAGAAGAGGGAAGGAAACAAGAACUGGACCUUACUGCUUCCAUGAGGCUAAAGAAACUAGCACAAAUUCCUCCUAAAACUGGAAUAGAUAACCCAAUAUUUGACACAGAAGAAGGGAUUGUUUUGGAGAGUCCUCAUUACACUGUGAAAACACUAGAAGUGGAAGAACUGUUAAAUUCUCUUAAGCAUAUCCAGCACGUUUUGGUAGACCCUCAGAGUCAAGAGGAUAUCUCGCUCAUUUUACAGCUUGUUCAAAAUAGCGAUUUUCAGAAUGCUUUUAAGAUCCACAACGCUGUUACAGUGCACAUGAACAAAGCCAGCCCUCCAUAUCCUCUCAGCUCCAAUGCACAAGAACUAGCACAAGAGGUGCAGAGUGUUUUGAAACCCAGCCACCAUAAGGAUGGACAGGAGCUUAAUGCUUUGCUGAAUGCCCCUCACAUGCAGGCACUUCUACUGGCUCAUGAUAAGGUUGCAGAACAAGAAAUGCAACCAGAGCCUAUGACAGAUGAGAAGAUUUAUGAGAAUGUUAGCGUGUAUGGAGGGGAGACGGUUAAAAUAGUUCGCAUUGAGAAAGCUCGGGAUAUUCCGUUGGGUGCUACUGUUCGCAAUGAAAUGGAUUCUGUUAUCAUCAGUCGAAUAGUCAAAGGAGGUGCUGCAGAGAAGAGUGGGCUGUUACAUGAAGGGGAUGAAGUUCUGGAGAUCAAUGGCAUUGAGAUCCGUGGAAAAGAUGUUAAUGAAGUUUUUGACUUGCUGGCUGACAUGCAUGGUACUCUGACCUUCGUAUUGAUUCCCAGUCAGCAGAGCAAGCCACCUCCUGCGAAGGAGACUGUUAUACAUGUGAAAGCACAUUUUGACUACGAUCCUUCUGAUGACCCUUACGUCCCCUGCCGAGAAUUAGGCCUGUCUUUUCAAAAAGGAGACAUACUCCAUGUGAUCAGUCAAGAAGAUCCAAACUGGUGGCAGGCUUACAGAGAUGGAGAUGAAGAUAAUCAGCCAUUGGCAGGCCUUAUCCCUGGGAAAAGCUUUCAGCAACAAAGAGAAGCAAUGAAGCAAACCAUAGAAGAAGACAAGGAGCCUGAAAAAUCAGGAAAACUCUGGUGUGCGAAGAAAAACAAAAAGAAGCGGAAAAAGGUUUUAUACAAUGCAAAUAAAAAUGAUGAUUAUGACAAUGAGGAAAUUUUGACCUACGAGGAAAUGUCACUGUACCAUCAGCCAGCAAAUAGGAAACGUCCCAUUGUUCUGAUUGGCCCCCAGAACUGCGGCCAGAAUGAGCUGCGGCAGAGGCUGAUGAAUAACGAAGUGGAUCGCUUUGCCUCCGCCGUGCCCCAUACUACUCGGAGUAGGCGAGAGACUGAAGCAGCUGGCAGGGAUUAUCAUUUCAUCUCCAGACAGGCAUUUGAGAGUGACAUAGCUGCAGGGAAGUUCAUUGAAUAUGGAGAGUUUGAGAAGAACCUCUACGGUACAAGCAUAGACUCCGUGCGACAAGUCAUCAACUCGGGCAAGAUAUGCCUUUUAAAUCUUCAUACCCAGUCACUGAAAACACUACGUAACUCUGACUUGAAGCCAUAUAUUAUAUUUGUUGCACCACCAUCACAAGAGCGACUACGUGCUUUAUUGGCCAAAGAAGGGAAAAAUCCUAAGCCAGAAGAGCUGAGAGAAAUCAUAGAGAAGACAAGGGAGAUGGAACAGAACAAUGGCCACUACUUUGAUACAGCAAUUGUGAAUUCUGAUCUUGAUAAGGCAUAUCAAGAGUUACUCCGGUUAAUAAAUAAGCUUGACACAGAACCCCAAUGGGUGCCCUCCACCUGGCUUCGAUGAGAGCAGUUCCAAGGGACAAAUGGACUUCAAUCUAGUUACCUUUCCAAGCAGAUCAUGUGUAGGUCUGCCCAAUUCUAGUAUAAAUGCAUGUGAGCUUUAGUGGCAGCAUCCUAUGCCAGUGAAAUUGCGUAUUACUGAAAAAUACGCUGUGAGUCAGCUUGUGAGCCAGUUUAACUGAUCGAAAGAUUGUACAAGUUUUCUUUCUCUGUGGUCUAGAAAUGGAGACCAAGUCAGUACUAAAUUCUAAAGCUUUAGAUAGAUUUUUUUUUCCUAGCAACUACUUUUAUACAUAAAUCCACUUUUUUUAACUUAGAAUCACCCUUCUGACAAAGAUUUUAAGUGUGUUUGUGUGUAUAUAUAUAGUCCAUGCUGUCACAUAGUUAUAAAUAUGAAUGUUAUUUAACACUUAACUUAAUGACUUUGUGGGACGUGAUGCUAGUUCAGGAGCAUAACUCUACAGAUCACUGGGCAGAGAAAUAAUCUACACAUGAAAAAUACCAAUGACAAACCUCUCCUGUUCAAAAAAAUACCCAGAAUGAAGAUGCUGCUCUGGUCUGGAGCUGCCCUGUGAGGCUUGAGUUAAUAUUUUAUUUCUCAAACAUUCCACUUUCUAAUAGCACUGUAAUUGAAACAUGUGUAUAAUGUAAAUAUUUCGAUCCUUGUGUCUUUUUAGUCAGACUUUUAAAAUCAGAUUUGACUGCACAGUAAUUUUAGGUCCAAUCAAAGAUGACUAUUAUAUUGAACUUCUAGAUGUGAUAUUUUUAUGCUGUUUUCUUUAAAACAUACUGAUUGAUUGGAGACGCUGUUUUUCACAGACCUGUAGACACAGAAAGGCAGAGGUUAUAUUUUUGUGAAAAUAUUUAGUUAUAAGACAUGCUGCUUGAAAGUCAACUAAAAUUCUCAUGUUUUAUAACAGAAUACUGACUUAUACAGACUGAUGUGCUGAACAUGGGAAGACAGUGGGGUUUUUUAAUCUCUGCAAAUGGUUCAUGUUGUGGCUGUUGGACUAACGGACAACUAACUGGAAUUAAAAUAGCUGAAUGUAGCUACUGUGUUAUGAGUAUUAUAAUUCACUAGCCAACAUAUUGUCCUGCAUUUGCUCAGUACUGCAGUGAAAAUAUGUGUAAAACACUGGUAACUGACUGAGAAGUCACAAGAAAGGGGAAUAUUUUUAGUGGUUAAAACAAAAAACUUGAAACAAGGGAACAAAAGGUAAGGUCUGUACCCUAAUGUGUUCUACAAAGCAGGUGGGAACAUCUCUGCAUGCUCAAAUUAUUCUGGCUGUGAAAGUAUAACUACUGUGGCUGUGCAUCUGCAGUAGGGCUGUUUUUGCUGACACUAAAUGAAUAGUAGUAUCGUGGCUGGUUUGGG